CACACUCCACUGCAGACAUGAAUGACAUUCUCAUUCUCACUGGAGUUUUACUUCACGUCUCAGAUGGAUUUUGGAUUUACAAUCUGAAUAUAGAAGUGAAAUCUGGAUCACCAGGCGUUAUUCCAUGUCAAUAUGACAGUAAAUAUAAAGAAAAUCAUAAAUACUGGUGUCAGGGGUCAGUUUGGAGCUCUUGCAGUAUAUUAGCAUAUGCUAAUGGAAACAGAACAAAAUUUUCCAUCACUGAUUAUCCAGCUCAGAGUAUCUUCACAGUGGAAUGGCAGAAUCUGCAGCCGUCAGACUCUGGAUAUUACUGGUGUGCUGUGGAGAUCGGUGGCUAUGGGACCGUAGAUGCUGGUUAUUAUGUGUAUCUGACGGUACAAUCAGCUCCUGAUGUGUCUGUGAUGAACAGCAGUGUAUCUGGACAUGAAGGUGAUGAUGUCAGUGUUCAGUGUUUCUACAGUUCAAGAUAUAAGGCUAAAGCCAAACAGUGGUGCAGAAUUAAAGAUCUUCAUAGCUGCUUCAAAGAGGAGAAGACUGACACAUCCCAGAGUUCAUCAGUGCAGAUCAGUGAUGAUGGUGAAAGCUCCUUCACUGUGUUGAUGACUGGACUGAGACUCUCUGAUUCUGGAUGGUAUUUCUGCUCUGUUGGAGAUCUGCAGGUUCCUGUUCAACUCAAUGUCACUAAACCUGAACCCAAAGUACUGACAACUAUUGCAGGAAGUACUCAUGAAACAGAAAUGAACACAACACAACCAUCUGCCAACACAGCUCUUAUAAAUAUGCAGACAAUAAACACAGCUCUGACUACUUAUUCAAGACCUGAAGCACACGUUUCCAGAGACUCAGAGACUAACACUGGAAAAGACAACAAGGAUGAACUAAAGUAUUUAAGACAUCUGAUUGUGCAUUUGCUUUAAAUCUCUUAAUUAAAUACAAAGGUUCAAAGAAUAAUAAGUUCUAGUUGUCUAUGAUGUUAACAAACAUAUCUCUCCAUCACCACAGGUAUAAUGUGAUUCUCCUCAUGUAUAUUGCAGUGACACUUAUGCUUUUACUGCUUGUUGCUCUUUUUACCAUAGUAAUCACCAGGAUGAGAAAAAAUGCAGCUCUCAUUCUGACAGAAAGGGGUCAAAUUAACAGCACCAUGAAUACUAUACCCUCUGAAAACCAAAUGACAUCUAUCAGUCCUGCAGAAGCUGAUUCCUCUGCUGAUGACACUUCAGUGCUUUACAGUCCUGUCUCCUUCACUAAGAAACAUUUAUCAUCAGAAGAUCCAGAAGCUUAUGUGAUCUACAGCGUUGUGGCAAAAAAGUAAAAAACUGUAUAACGCAGAAUUAAUUCAUCACUAAAUUUAGGAUGAUGGCGACACAUCAGCAUUUUAGAAGAAGAUGAAAUCGUCUGUAAUAUUUCUUCUCAUCCCUAGUAAUAAAUCAAAAUUACCCUAAUGACAUUUUGCCAGUUUAGUUUUGCAAAAAAAAAUAAAUAAAUAAAAAUGAUAACCACAAACCAGGCAAGGUUUUGAUGCUACAUUAAUCACAGAUUUUGUAACGAUAGGCCUAUAAAUAUCAAUUAAAAAUGCUUGUUUGCUUGUUUGACAAACACAAACAUUGGGUUAAAAAUGUCAUUUUAAAAUGUAAUCUGGCCUGAGGGAUGAUUCGAACAAGUUAA